AUGUCGCGUUUUCAUCAGGAGACGUUAAAUACGCUCGAAGCUAGAGAGCUGAAUAGGUUGCAGCAAAGAAACAAUUUCCUAAGCCAGUCAACAAAACCCAAGAUAGCAACGAAAUUAUCCCAUUCUUGUGAUCCAGCAGUCCCUUUGGCCUUCUCCUCUUGCGACAGACGUCUCUCGAUUUCCUCUGUAGGCAGUUGCCUUGACACUGAUUCGGAUAAGAUCGAGAAGGUUUUACCCGAACAAUCGCCUCUGCUUCUACAGAUGAUGCUGACAAGAUCAGGCCAAGUGGGCUCAAAGGCUGGUGAAUCUCUCAUUUUGCCUGCUCUUGAUCGCCAAACAGCCGUCAAGAGAGCGAUUGGCCAAACGGCCAGGCCAACUUGGGACUCACAACCUGGAUUUGCAGGCACGAGGCGUGCCAGCUCACCAACUUCCAUAAGAAUCUUCGAAUCACCGCUUGCAGGAGGACGGUUUGGUGGUCGACGGACUGAAUUACCAAUCAAACGACAUUCUGAUGCAUGGGAAUACAGACCGACAGGCCGGACUAGCUACUUUGAGCAGGCCCUAGGAUCCUCUAUGACCACAGGAAGUAGUUUUCAUAGCUCAAUACUCUCCUCACAGCUGAAUUCAAACAUGGGAUCACUAGACCGACUCAAUCAAGGUUGGUCAGUAAGCAGAAGGCCCAGCUUUAGAGGUGAUGGUUUUGGCUCUGAGACUGAAACAGAGGAAUUCUUGUCAACGAAAGGCUACAGAAAUCCGAUAGGAGAAGAAGCAACACUCUUUCGUAGGCUUUCACAAGGCGUCGGACAGGUAAAGCUUAUCUCAUAA